AUGAUUGAUUUUAGGACAAUUAGCCUUUGCAAUGUGGUAUAUAAGCUGAUUUCAAAAACUUUGGCUAACCGUCUCAAAGCUAUUCUACCUUUUAUCAUUUCAGAAAAUCAAAGCGCUUUUGUGGCUAAUAGGCUCAUCACUGACAAUGUCUUGGUAGCUUAUGAAAUUAUGCACUAUCUAAAACACAAAAAGAAUGGGAAUGAUAGCUUUAUGGCGGCUAAGCUAGAUAUGAGCAAAGCAUUUGAUAAGGUUGAAUGGUCUUUCAUUGAAAUGGUAAUAAGGAAAUUGGGCUUUAACAAGUCAUGGAUCGGUUUCUCAGCUCUCAUAAAUGAAGCAACUCGGAGCCAACAACUAAAUGGUAUAUCCAUAUGUCGAGGUUCUCCAAGAAUCAAUCACAUGUUCUUUGCUGACAACAGUCUUCUCUUUUGUAAAGCCAAUGGUACUGAAUGCAACAAGUUGAAGGAAAUUCUCAGAACUUAUGAAGCUGCAUUGGGGCAAAAAAUAAAUACUAAGAAGUCUUCAAUCUUCUUCAGCCCAAACACUUCUCAAGAGCUCAAAGAUGAAAUACUAAACAUACUUGGGCCUAUGACUGAUUCUCAUCACACAAAGUACCUUGGCCUCUCUUCAAUCAUUGGUCAUUCAAAAAAGCUUAUUUUUGCAGAGAUAAAGGAGAAGGUUUGUAAGAAGCUAGCGGGUUGGAAGGGUAAAUUGCUCUCCUUGGGGGGUAAGGAAAUUCUUAUUAAAGCGAUGGCUCAAGCCAUCCCCUUUUAUACGAUGAGUUGUUUCCUUCUUUCUAAAUGUCUUUGUGACGACCUCGAAAGAGAGAUGAGAAGCUUUUGGUGGGGCCAAAAACAUCAAGAGACCAAGAUUGCUUGGGUUGGAUGGAAGAAAAUGUGCAAGCCUAAAUCUCUUGGCGGGAUGGGCUUCAGGAACUUGCAAGCUUUUAACCUUGCCUUGCUUGCAAAACAAGCUUGGAGGAUUAUUACUAACCCUUCCUCCCUAGCUGCACGAGUGCUAAAGGCCAAGUAUUUCCCCUACGAUGACAUCCUUAAUGCAAGCCUAGGCAGCAGGCCCUCUUUUACCUGGCGAAGCAUCUUUCAUAGUCUCAAAGUCAUUAAGAAAGGAACUCGUUGGAGAAUGGGAAAUGGUCAGUUAAUUCACAUUUGGGAGGAUAAAUAG